AUGUAUGUGAAAUGGUUUGAUACAGCAAUGUUUUACUAUGUGGUUUUAGUGAUUUUAAUGAAUGUCACUUUUUGUCAUUUUAAAAUUUCCUGCUGUUCCGUCCCCGUACAUCCUGAAGCUCGCAGGGGAUGGAACCCAGAUGACAGAUGCCGGCAUUACAUUGCCAGGGACACUGCAGGAGGGACAUCGUGGGAGAGCAGGACAAGGUAAGUGAUCGAGGGAUCCCGGAGCAGCGCCGCAUGGUAAGCCCGAGUGUAGCUCAGGGUUACCACUUGUGCUACACUCGGGAAUACCGCUAGGGAGGUUA